UAAACGAUGAGACAACGGCGAAGUGCAAGUGAAGGCAGCACUGCUCCUGGACUGGCCAACAGAGUGACGCCGGACACGGACACAGCCUGUGUGAGUGACACUGCUGCCUGACAGAUAAACAAACUCUGCUUGCAUGGCUUUAUGGACCUUUAACAACCAACGUUAGCUGUCUCGGUGUUGCUAGACAGCUAAUUUUAAUCUCGACAAAAGUACCUUGGUUGAAAGAAGAUGACUCCAUUGAUGAAAAGUUAAAUAUAAUAGUUGAGUCCGGCUGAGUUUGUUACAAGUUGUGGCAAGAAAACUUAACGUGGCCUGUGACCUGAUGUGAUAAUUGCAUGCUGCAUGUCUGAUAACCACCCAUCACCCACCUGGGCUUCCUCUCACUUCUGAUGCAUGGCCCCUCUUUAGAAAUGAAUGUGUCUUGGUUUUGCUGGCAUGUUGUGCUGUGAAUGAGGCAUCAUGAGGAAAGACAGGGAUAACCCUCUGGCACUGUCAUCCAAGAAACCGUGCCAGAGCCAGACGGACUAUGGACGAGAGCUUGAGAGGCUGCGUGCUGAUUUGGAAGCGGAGAAGAACCGAACACAGCGGGCCCAUGAAUACCUCUGUGUGGAGCUAAGGUACCUGCGAGAAGAAGCAGAGAGGGAACAUCAGAGGACUGUGAGGGAGCUGACGGCAAGGCGGGGGUGUCGAAAGGACACUCAGUCUAACAGGCACAGGCGUUUACUGGCUAAGGAGGUGAACAUUAAGGACGCUGGACGGUAUAGUAAGGUUGAGUCCGCAGAAAAGGAGGUUUUUUCUUUGUGCAGUGGAGAAACGUUUACAAAGCUGGAGCAGUUGCUGCUGACACUGUAUGAGGAGAUAAACGGUGAGCAAGCAGUCUAUAAAUUGCAUCACAGACAGGAAUUUGAGCUAGAAAAGGCCAUCUUCCUCUGCCACCUGCUACAGGCCCACGGAAAACAGAGGCAGAGAGCAGGACAUACCAGCUACAUUUUUAAAAGUCUGCCCAGAAAGCCAGCUCAAGAAGACGGUGACAACUCCUGUCAGACACUUCAGAGAUCCCAGAGUGCCUCCCACUCAUCUAAGGAGAACACCAAACAAGAUCAGCAAAAGCAGCCUUCAGGCGGGGACUUGGGUGCAGCUGACCCCUUCACCACUGCUGCAGUCGUGGACACCUGUCAGAGCAGCUCUCUGAAAAUUUGUCACCCUCACAACCCUCCCCAUGCAGGCUGGAAUGACCAGCCCCCCCGCUGCACUGGGUCAGACAAGUCAUCGCCCUCCAAAUGCAUGGACAGAAACAUGGAGAAUGGCACUGAUUAUGGCUUCCUGGUACGUCAGAACUCUGAACUCUUGCGAGCCCUCGAUGAGCUGGAGAAGACUUGCACCACACUGAGGGAGGAAAAUGGCCUUCUGCGGAAGAGCAGCGCCCCAGAGACUGAGGAGAAGGUCAGGCGGCUGAGGAGGAAGAACACAGAGCUGGCUGUUCUUGCUAAGAGGCUGGAAGAGAGGGCCCGAAAACUGCAGGAGGCCAACCUCAGAGUGGUGAACUCCCCGUCACUGAUGAGACCCGGGUCAGUGGAACAGUACAAGAGGGCGUUUGCCCGUCAGCGAGCUCGUGACCUCGCCCAGCACGCUGAUGCACUGCUGUCUAAGGACAAAGAGAUUGCUGCCUUACAGCAGGAGUGCAGAGAGCUGGAGGCACGGCUUGGCACCACUAAGGGCUCCCCUGUUCCAUCUGGCAGACUGGAAUUUGAGAAGCUUCUGAGGGAGUCUCAGAGGGAGGUGCUGCGUCUCCAGAGGCAGCUGUCUGUCACAUCAUCCACACAGCAGCACAACCACAGUCCUGACCCCAUUGGCCCUGAGAAGUGUGGGGAGAUUGAGAAGGAGGAGGGGGAGGAGAAGGUUGUAGGAGAGACCCCGUGUGUGGCAUUAGAUGAAGCUCCGUCCAGGUGUGAGAAGACUCCCGGAGAGGAGGAGGAGUCGGGGCUGCGAGUGACGCCCCCACCGGGCCUCAGCCCGACCCCCUCCCAUCAGGAGGAACACACACAGGAGCAGCGCCUACAGUUUCUGGAAAGCGAGCUGAGCAAGAAGAGAAAAGAAUGUGAAAACCUUGAGCAUGAAGUAAAGAAGCGACAGAAGAAAUGUCUGGAUUUGGAGAGCCAGCUUGAGGAUGAGCGAGGCAAAAAUGAGCAACUAAAGGAGGAGGCAGAUCUCCUCAGGAGGAAGGCACAGCUGCUCGACCAGACUCGGGCUGAGAAUGAGGAGCUGAGGGAAGAUCUCUCUGAAGUGACCGCUCAACACAAUUCAGUUCUCGAGGAGAACCAGAGACUCCGUGCCAAACUGGAGAACCUAGAGCAGGUCCUAAAGCAUAUGCGAGAGGUCGCCGAGCGAAGGCAGCAGCUGGAAUUGGAACAUGAGCAGGCACUGGCUAUCCUUAAGUUCAAACAGGAUGAAAUCAAGCGGUUACAGAGGGCUCAGUUAUUCGCCAAGAGGGAGCAUGAAGGAGUGGUUCAGAUGCUGGAGAGUACACUGGACUGCAUGCAGUCAAAGGUGCGAGAGCUGGAGGAGAAAUGUCGUAGCCAGAGCGAACAGUUUGGCUUGCUGUCCCAAGAGCUGGAGAAGUUCCGACUGCAGGCCUCGAAGGUGGACCUGGCCGGCUCUAGCCUCCUCAACAAUCCCAGCCUCUCGGUUCUGACCAACGGGGUGGGCCUGACUACAGAGCGAGACUGCCCUGGUGGCUCAUGGGAUAUGGUGUCUCUGGGUGAGAUAGCCUUCUGGAGUCUCGAGGGAGGUGACACUCUCUCCUGCCCUGAGGAUGUGGCCGCUGCACUGCGGAUGGGGGCCACCCCCCACGCUGCAGGGCUGUCAAGGGUGGAGCGCUCGCCUGUCACCAAGCAUCGAGAGCUGCCCACCAUCAGUGUCAGCAAGUCAGGCUCUUCCUCCAGCAAGUCAGAGACCACACACCUCACCCCCAAGUCUGACACCCACCUCAGUCCGCACAAAUCCAGCCCAACACAUGAGGUGGACACUGCCAGUGAAGUAGAGGAGCUUGACAUUGACGUGGCCCCGGCACCUUACACAGCCAGCAGAGGAGCAGCGAAGCUUCAGGUUUUCAUUGCAAGAUAUAGCUAUAACCCUUAUGAUGGCCCCAACGACAACCCUGAGGUGGAACUACCACUUACUGCUGGAGAAUACAUCUAUGUCUAUGGAGACAUGGAUGAUGAUGGCUUCUAUGAAGGUGAGCUGAUGGACGGACGGAGAGGGCUGGUCCCCUCUAACUUUGUGGAACGUGUAUCAGACGACGACGUCAUGAGCACUCACCAUCCAGAGACAGGGGACAUGUCCCAUAACUCCCUGCUAGACAGCAGCCUGCACAGUGCCAGCCACCAGCAUCACCUCCACAUGGGCGUCAGCGCCUCAGAAAGGACAGAGGCCCCCGCUGCCUCUGGCCCUGCCUCAGCCCCCUCAGAUUCAGCAUCGGCCUUGGCUGUCCCAGCCCCCCUCACCAACGGCCUGGACUUGGAUUUGGAGGAGGUGGGAGUGGACAUUGUGCCUUACCCACGUAAGCUCACCCUCAUCAAGCAGCUUGCCAAGAGCAUCAUCAUUGGCUGGGACCCUCCGUUGGUGCCGGCUGGGUGGGGCAAUGUGUGGAGCUAUAAUGUGUACGUGGACCAGGAGCUGCGGUUCAAUGUGCCCUUCGGUGCCCAGACCAAAGCAGUGCUGGAGCGGCUAGACAUCAACCUCAAGGCCUACCGUGUGUCAGUGCAGAGCCUGACGGAGAAGGGCCUCUCAGACCAGCUGCGCUGCAGCAUGCUGGUCGGUCGGGACGUUUGUGUGGCGCCCACGCAGCUGCGUGUGGAGAGGAUCACCGCCACGUCUGCCAACCUGACCUGGCUGCCCAGCAACAGUAACUAUGUGCACAUUGUGUCCUUGAACGAGGAGGAGUGUGAGCUGGUGAAGGCUGGCUGCUACUCGCUGUGCCUCAAUAACCUCUUGCCCAGCCUGCAGUACACAGUCAAAGUGGAGGCACGGCCACAUCGCACACCAUGGGAGUUACCUGUGGAGCGACGUGAACACAGAAGCGCCACAAUCACCUUCACCACACUGAUGGCAGGUCCCCCUGAUGCUCCUCUGGAUGUACAGCUGGAGCACGGCCCCUCUCCAGGGAUUGCCCUCAUCAGCUGGCUGCCUGUUACUAUAGAUGCUGCUGGGACCUCCAAUGGAGUCCGUGUCACUGGAUACACUAUAUACGCUGACAAGAAAAAGGUGCUGGAGGUGUCUUCCCCAACAGCCGGCAGUGCCCUGCUGGGCCCUUCUCAGAUCCAGUCCCUGCAGGCAGCUCAGGAGCUCACUGUCCGCACCAUGUCCGCCCACGGGGAGUCCUGUGACUCCCUGCCAGUCAAUGUGCCCUCCAAGCUGGCUGCCAUCAUGGCAGGCCCAGCUGUCACCCCCCCCACUGUGCCACCCCCUCUACCCUGCGCCCCAGUAGGCCCCAGUAACCUGCCCUCACCGCCGUCCUACAUGAACUCUGCUGCCAAAGUCUCCGUUCUGCCCAGCACUUUGCCAUCAGACACACACAACACUGGCCUCGCAGUGGAGGCUGCUGCCAACCGUCCUCAUGCUCUCCACUCUGAAGAUCUUCUCUCAUCUGCCUCAUAUGUGAAGGCCUGGGCCAACCCCUCAUCUGCUGCUGCCUUGGCCGUGUGUGAGGCCACAUUACCAGUAGCCCCCACCAUUACUCCAGUGGUUAAUGUGACCUCCCCCACCACCUCAGCACCCCAACCAUCUCCCGUUGCAGCACCAGCGCCUGCACAAGCACCAGUCGUGGCAGCAGCAGCAGUGUUGGAGCAGCGCAGAGACACUGACAGCCCUGGAACGAUACGUCCUUUCCCAUCCAUCACGGAGUUCAUCGAGGAUCCUUGUGCCAAGCUCGGAACCCCUGAGCGCAUCCCUACCCCACCCAAAGCCCCCAUCACAGACCUCCUUAACCCUCAGGACAUUAACCUCCUCCGUCCCCCCAGCACUUCACCGCUGGAGUCGGAGGUAGAGGAGGAGCAAGAGAAUACCCGCCUGGUGUCCAUCGAAGAGUUUUUGAGACAGGACCAAGAGCCAGCGUACUGCAGGGGGCAGCAGGGUUAUGGCAGAGGGCUCGUGGAGCCUCCCAGCGACUACCAUGCAGACAACAGCCGAUCAGACCUGUCUGACAUCCUGGAGGAGGAGGAGGAGGACCUCUACUCUGACCACCUUGGAGAAACACAGGCCAGGGGAUACGCAGUUGGAGCUAACAGGGAGCCCAACCAGAUCCCACCAGCUGAGGCAGGUCCAUCGUGGGGAGGCCAGCCUGAGCCCUCUUCUAAGCCAAUGUGCUCACAGGCCAGGCAACUCAAAGGUGGUGUUGAUUCAUCAAAGAUGAAAGGAGACAGUGACAUACGCAUCUUUGUGGCCCUCUUCCCUUAUGAUCCCGCCACCAUGUCACCCAAUCCUGAUGCCGCUGAGGAGGAGCUGCCCUUCAGUGAAGGACAGAUCAUCAAAGUUUACGGAGAUAAAGACGCAGACGGGUUCUACCAAGGGGAGUCGGGUGGUCGUCUGGGCUACGUGCCGUGUAACAUGGUGUCUGAGAUCCAGGUGGAGGAUGAGGAGACCCGGCAGCAGCUACUGCAGCAGGGCUUCUUGUCCACAGCGGCCUCCAUGGAGAAGAUAGGCACUCGCACACAUGCACAGCUUCCACGUCGCCCCGUUCCACCGCCGAAACCGAGACGAUCCAAGAAAGUGGAGUCUGCGACACUCUGGGAGGAGAGCGUAGACUCCUCCAGCCAAGGGCAAGAUCCCAGCCAGACUGUUGCUACGGCAGCUGCGGGGAACCUGGCCCCCGGAGCUCGCAGGAUGGUCGCCAUCUUCGAUUAUGACCCACGAGAAAGCUCCCCCAACACUGACAUAGAGGCUGAGCUGACCUUCAGUGCAGGAGACAUCAUACAUGUGUUCGGUGACAUGGAUGAAGAUGGCUUCUUCUACGGAGACCUGAAUGGACACAGAGGCUUAGUUCCCUCCAACUUCCUGCAGGCCUUACCAGACGACGCUCCAGCUGAACUUCUCCCCGCUCAGCCUGCACCAGAGCCCAAGAAAGAAUCACAGGAUUCUGGGACGUCCUCUACAGACCUAAGAGAUCCCGGAUGCUCAACAACAGAGGAGUCUUUGCACACCCAAACAGAGCCUCCUUUCCUUGACCCUACAGAGCACACAGACCUACUGCCCCAACCACCACCCACAGCAAGCCCCACGUCAGACCUGGACCCUGCUCCAGGUCCAGCUGUUGCUCCAGCUGCAGUGGAGGCCUGCUGCUCCCAUCCAGCCCCCCUUCCAGCAGACAGCCCGACUCAGAGGGACUGCUCUUCACAAGGCAAGAAGAAGAAAGGCUUUUUCUCCAAAGGCAAGAAGCUGUUCAAAAAGCUGGGAUCCAGCAAGAAAGAAUGAGAGUCAGGACAUCUGACUCAGGAUACGCUCGAGCACUUUUUCUAUCUUCACUGUUAGUCUCGGUUGGUAGUUGGUGCGGUUAGUGGCUAUCAGAUCUAAUAACUGAUGGUUUAACCGUUAGUAAUUAUACAUUUGCCUUAGAGCACUGCUAGACCAGCUGUUAAAUAUAGAGUCCUUUCAAACAUCAACAUACAGCUUACAGCAUGUAGAGGUGCAUGUUGACGUGUGCAAACUCACAAACAUACUCUCUAGAAACUUCCCAGUUAUCGAAGCAUUUGCAGAUUUUCCACUCAUUAGAGGCUUUAAUGCUUGAUAUGGAUCAGACUUAUGUAGAACAGUCUGAUACAGAACAGCAGCUCCAGACUUCAGCCCAACUCAGACACAGCUAAUUAAUAUCAGCUUUAAAGCUCAUGUACUGGUGCCACUUUAUUUAUCUGAAGCAAAUGAAUAGAAGCUGCAGUCUGUCUCCUCUGUGUGACUAUAAAGAAUGCACUAUCCAUCCUGAAUGGAUGUAUUUUAGAUAUGUCUGCUAGUUCCUCACGUGUGUUUCUUGUCUUUAAGAGUAUUUAUACAGUACUUUGUACAGAACAUGUUAUUUAUUUGUAUUUGACUCUUUCCCUGAUCAUCACCACAUCGCAUGAAGUGGCAUCAGGGCAGAAGGUCAGUCCUGAAAAGCUGUCAGAGACAGUGAUGAUCUACGUCCAUAUGUGUAGUUUAGGUCUAAUUUAUUUGGGGGUCGUGACUGUUUGUUGAAGUGAAACAUACUGUUAAUGUAAAGAAUGUGGAGGGUUGCCCUUCUUCGGUGUGUGUGUGAUGAAGUUGCCCAGUCCAUUGGUGAGACUGAAAACAGAUGCCUUUCUCAGACGUUUCCACAGGAACUCUUGAUGUUUGUGACCCCAGUCACAACUGGCCUAAAUGUUGUAUACUACGUGUUUUCUGUGUGUGCGUGUGUGUGUGUGUGUGUGUGUGUGUGUACUUGUAUGACUGUGUGAAGACUGGUUUAAGUUUUAAACCAUCAAAGUGAGGAUGUUUUGGGAAAGUGAGGACAUUUUGGCCGGUCCUCACUUUCUGACAAACCUUGGUUUUAGGGUUCAGGUUAAAGUUGGGUUGAGGUGUAACCUAGUAGGGUUAGGCAUUCAGAUGUGAUGGUUAAGGUUAGGGUACAUGCGUGUGUGUGUGUGUCUGUGUGUGAGAGAGUGAGUGAGAGAGAUCGAGAGAUCAGCAACAUUUGCAGAAGGUGAAAGAAGGCUGCUCUGUUAGCUUAAAGGGCUGCUACUAAUGAUUGUUAUAAGAUUAUUAUUAGUUAUUGUCUUGGUUAGUCAGUUUAUAUUUUCGGUCUAUAAAACAUCAAAAAGAGUGAAAAAUGUCCAUCACAGUUUCCUACAGCCGAGGAUGAAGUCAUCACAUGUCUUGUUUUGUCCGUUAACUCUGUCUCAGUUGACUAAUCCAGAGGUUUUCAAAGUCUGACACUGUGGGCCACCACAUGCGGCUGUGCCCCACCAACACCCCCGCCCUGCCCUGAAAUGGAAAAUUUUUAUUUUGUCUGUUUGUCCACAGGUCAAAUAUCUGUACAUGAAUAGACAGAGGAGAGAGUGCUCCAUGUCGAUGGGACGUUCUGAGCCUUAAAUCUGUCAAAACAAUACAGAAAAAAAAAACUAUUGAGCGACAAGAGAAAAGUUAAUACUAAUGGAUUUUGUCUCCUGUUAUUAGUCUUUGUUUUGCUUCUCUGUGGGGGAUAAUCAUGCUCUUAAGUUUUGGAGCUUCAGGUCCCAUCAUUGGAUGGGACUGUGCCCCCAUCAGAGAAAAAUAAAAAGCCCCUGUCACCCGCCGCCAUGUUACCAUGACGUUUUUUUUUUUUUUUACAGCUCUCCCACAGGCCUCUGAGGAGGCACCGCUCACAGUUUGAAAACCUCUGGACUGAUUGAUUGAUUAAUCAACUAAUUGUUUCAGAUCUAGAAAAUUGAUUCUAGAGUGACUGAAUAUCCAGAUUAGAGUGAAGCUAGAGUUAGCGAUUAUAUUUAAAGUGAACAGUCUUCAGUCAUGGCACUGGUGGUUUGUGGCACUACUAUAUUCUGUGUAUAUCUUUUCUUUAGCCUCCAUGUUUGGUGUAUAAUGAAGUUCAACUUGCGGUGUUUGAUAUUGGGUCAGACAGGCUCAACAUCUUUAUCAGCCCAUGCAGUGUAGUGCUGGUAGUUAGCAUCAUAACGUCAUAGACUGUUUGGUUAAAGCUAAUUAAUAACACUUUAGCAAUAUAGCGUAUUGUGUGUUACAAUACUAGAACAAACACAGGACCAUGCUGUACCUUUAAAUGCUUUGUGACAGCUUUCUUUAAGUGAAGACGUGGUGUAAAUAUUCAGUUUGGAUGUGAGUGUGUGGACCAGGCCUUAGUACAUUCACAUGCGGUGAUCGUUCACUGAGUCUGAUGGGGUCUUUCCUCUGUGUGACACAGGGCUGUUGGGUAACUUCUCAGGUUUUUACUUGUCGUUUCUUAUUCACGCUGAGCCACCUAGUUGACUCCGGCUGUCAAAAACUGCAGAAUAUGCCAAAAUCUUAGGUGCUUUGCCUGUUACCAUAGCUACGAGAGACCAGGCAUCCAGCAGCGCGGGGGACAGGUCGGGGGUUGAAGCGUGGAGGUUUGUUUUUGAUCUGAUUUCAUUCAAGUUGUUGAAGUUCCCCACACAGGUAGACGGAGUCACACCUGAUGACACAAGUUGGAGGCAAUUUUUUUUUUUUUUUUUUGCUUUAAUGUCGUGAAUGUUUUAACUGUUUGUCAGUGUAAUAUAAAGGGAGCAUGAUGAUGCCAAGAAUAAAAAGGAGGGCAGUUUGACAAAGACACUUUAGAUGUGACCUGGCCCAGAUAGAGGCUGUACUGUAUAUUCAGUUUUUGUUUUGUUUUUUAAUGUUUUUCUUAUUUUGUUUUAAAGGGGGGAGUGGAUGCUCAAAAGUUGCCGAAAUGUACAGCGAAAUAUUUAUACUGAUCUUGUAUUUGACGGCCUUUAAUGCACAAGUAUUCCUCUACCUGCUGUGUAGUGAGUAGGCGGCUCCACUGUUGACUGAAUAGGACCUAGACCCACGUAGGUAGUAUCUUAGCUCAGCUGAUCAUAUUUAGCCUUACAAGAAGACCUUGUUUAGUCUUAAUAUGUUGUUUACAGGAUGUUUAUUGACUGCAUGCAUACCAAUGUUAAACCCAUGUUCGGCCUUAUUUAUGUUACUGUCAUAUUUCAGUUUUUCUAGGCUGACUUAUCUACAAUAUCUGAGUUGUAGAUGGUCGAUGCAGUGGAAAAGAAGCUGUAGGAGCUUUCUGUAUAUAAUGAACAGUGUUGGGACUUGUGGUAUAUUUUCAUACAGCACGGGAAACUUUUUUUUUCUUUUUUUUUGUCUUUCCUGACCUACAUUCAUUGUUUGAGACCGGUGUAAGAUUGACCUUUUUAUAUAAUACUGUUUUUAUUAUCCUUUUGGAAGCUCAUCUGUAAAUAUUUUUGUUAAUAUUGUUUUUCAGUUUUUGUUUUUGUUUUUUUUUGUUUUUUUCUUUUGCAUGUCCAGACAGUGUUGAUGGAGGAACAGUAACUAAAGGUGUAGUACACAGAGGACUUGUUGACUUGAAAUUGUGAUGGUUUCUUUCAAUAUGGAUCUUUUUACAGGAAUAAAGUAUGUAUAUUUUCACAGAAAAUGACUGAGUCUAAAACAAGACACUUGUUCAUUUUCAUCUUUAUUUCAUAUCAUGCAGGUGAAAUGUCACAUGUACACCAUCAUCUCUGUUUUCUUUUACAGGACAGUUGAGACAGAUAAAGUAGAAAAUGGAGGAAAGAGCUGCAAGCUUUGCUCUGCACCACACACCGCCCAUGUGAAGUGACUGAGGGCAACACUCUGGGUAAUGUGUGGCCUAGCGAGACAAAGCAGCUUCCUCUUUUCUGAUUUCCUGUGUGGGCGCCAUGCUGGGCCUCUCCUCUCCCUGAAGCCAACAGUACACUCAUCCAUAAAGUAGGAAACACUACACUGUGGCAAGGAGUUUAGUAGUGCUUUCUACUUUAUGGAUGACUGCACUGUACAUCCACCGCUCUUCUUCCGUCUUCUGUCUUCUAUCCCACUUCUCUCUUCUUCUUCUGCACCUGUGUGCGCGUCUGCAGCUGCACACACAUACACACCAGCCCCCGCCCAGACACACGCUUGUGCACCAAACUGAAACCUCUCAGCCCAAUGCACACCCAGCGCUCAAACAGC